GAAGCGAGCACUGACGCGACUACGACAACAACAACAUACUGUACAUCACCUCCAUUCUGCCAUCGCAGGAUCGGGAGGACAAACCCUUCAUGUAACCUACACCUACUAUCAAGAAGAAGAAGAUUCUGCCCUCGGAUUUUUUAGUUUGUUCACGCUGUUGGAACAGCUCAGCGGUGGUAGAACAGGAUGGUGUUCGGAUUAAAACCGUCGUGUGCGAAUUGUAAAAUUGACGAGUCUACAAUUUGGCAUAAGGAUGAAGAUGACCAUGUACUGUGCAUGGACUGCUACGCUGUGGUUAACACAGUUGAUCCACAGCUGACGCCGCAGAAACCACUUAAAGAUGGAAAUGAAGACGAACAAGAUGACAAAAGAGAGGAAGACAAGAUAGAUGUCGAUGACCACAAAGAUGCUGACUCCAGUAAUGGUAAUGGGGGUAGAGAUGACGAUCAAGACGGGGACAAGGAUAAAGAUUCGGCAAAAGGUUCAGAAAAAAGGGAAACAAAGAGGAAGACCAGGAAAGGAAGGCAGGGUGGGAAGGGCAGCAUACCGAAGGGUAAAGGAAGGCGAUAUAUAUUCAAGAAGAGCGCCACUAAAGCACCAGCCGCAGUUGCUACCCCAGUUACUUCAGAGUACCUCUUCUAUAAGGGCCUAUAUUAUCAAGUAGGAGAUAUUGUGUCAUUAAUUGACAUAGAUGGAGGAACAUAUUAUGCACAGAUCCGAGGAUUGCUGCAGGACCAGUAUUGUGAGAAGAGUGCUGUGCUUACAUGGCUUAUACCCACAAAAGGCUCUCCUCCACCAGAAAAAGGUUUUGAUCCUUCAACAUACAUCAUAGGCCCUGAAGAAGAUAUUCCCCGUAAACUGGAAUACAUGGAGUUUGAAUGUCAUGCCCCCUCCGACUACUUUAAGGACCGGACCUCUCCAUAUUCUACCAUGACCUAUCAACCACAAUCCUGCUUUGUAUGGUCAAGACUUGGACCCCAGAUCAAGCCAAUAGAGAAAGCAAAGGAACUUAUGACAAAGUAACCCAUCAUUAUACAUUUUAUUAUUUUUUAAAUAAAAUCAUAUAUUGUU